GAGGUAUUACGUAAUAUAUAAAUGUUUCUUCUACACUUGUAUCUGGGUAGCAUAUAGUUUAUAUUUUAUAUUGAAGUGACUAAAACAAGGUUUGUUUUAGCAUGUAGUGGAACAAACCUAGGAAAAUCUAUAAAUGAAAUCCAAUUGUUGUUCUUUUACUUGAAUCUUCUCAUUGUUGUUUAGGACUGCAGUUAACUAGUCUCUUAUUGGAGUAUGUACAUGUUGUACAAAUUGCCUCGAUAUUAUCUGAAGUCAUAAGCUUUAUAAGCAAAGAUGGAUAGUUACUAGCAGUGGAAUCUAGGAUGCAUGUUUAGUCCUAUUUUUGACUUAUCAGCUGGAUGUACCAGCAUCUCAUUGUUGAUGUUCAUUCUUUGACUCGAGCCUAGUACCGUUCACUUCAAAUACCAUCACGUUAUCCACUUAGCUACUGAGUCCUGAUAGCCACAUGCUUGUGCGAUGGAGUCAAGUUUAAAUUCACUUGGUGCUGUUUUACUUGAAUCAUUCCAUUGAUGUGUGAACACCAACUCUGAGAUGCAGAUACAUCCAGCUGACGAGUCCUAAGUAGAACAGAAAGCGUGUCCUAGAUUCCACUAGUAGCUACCAUUUAUCUUUGCUUAUAAAUCUAUGUAUCGUCUAGUUCAAGUAUUUUUUUGUGUUUAAGUUCCUCCUUAAUGACGAAUAUAUGGAUGUGAUUUUUUUACAUUUUAAAUUAUAAUUAGUUUCUUGUCAUAUCACUAUAUGCACAGAAAGGUUACUCUGUUUAGCCUUGACGAUUCCAUAUAAAAUAAUGUUUAGUAGAUUUGCACUGUUAUAUGUAUUUAUUAUUGAUAAUUGAGUUGGUGGAAAAGAUAUGUAGCUCAGAUGGAUGAUAUUGAUGAAGUUUUGUUGUCUGAUAUCUCCCAUUGAGAGAUACAACCAAAACAAAGAAGUAAACAAUAAUAGGUUUAAAAUCAACAAGAACCAAUCAACAUCGAGGUGUACAGGACAAGCUGUGAACCACAUAUGGAGAAAUUCGAACACUUGACUUCUACCUGAAGUUUAUACUGAUGAUGUCAUUCAGAAGAACGAUGAAAGCUUCAUGACCAAACCAUCCAGCUUAAAGAACAAAACCCCAUCAAAAUUAUUGAUAAUUUGAAUACCAGAACCGGGUAAAUAUAUAACUGGUUGAUCAUUGAAUCAUGUAGUAACCACUGAACAUUAUAUCUUCAUUUAAAUUGAUUUGUCAACGCUUACUGACUGACUCUACAGAAAGUCAGUCGCUGUUCAAAUGACUCAGUGAUAAAAACUCUCAAUAUACAACUGAUUAACGUAGUUUUGAAUAUUAUAAACAGUAUUAUUUCCCUUAAGAUUUCAGGUGCUCUUAACUGAUGAAUGCCAGUUAGCACGAAAUCUAGGUGAAUCAAUAUUUCCUGUCGAUGUUCACACCUAUGACUUAAGCUCAUAAGUUAAAUAUCUUGAUGAUAUUUAAUGGUUGAAUUCAUGAGUCAGUUGGAGCUAGACCAUCAUGGUAAACCUGGAAGCACUGGACGGCUGUUUCGUCCUGCUGUGGGACUCCUCAACGGUGUGCAUCCACGAUCCCGCCUUGCGAGAUUCGUCCACUUUUAAAACCGUAGGUUGUAUUCUUCAUAGUUGUGCGCUUCACAGUUAAGAUAUCACAUGAAACUAGGAUGCAUUCGAUUGUCCUUUUCGUGUGAAAUGGAACGUUUUAGCAUCGUGAACCUAUUAAAAUAUUAAGGUUGAAACUGAGGACCGUCAUGUUUUAUGGUGAUUGUGUAAACUUUAAACCACUAGGAUAAUAUCCAACAGUAUAGAUCUCGAACUUUAAUCAAUUCAUGAUAUUGAGCACCCAUCGUUCAAUAUCAUCCUAACUUAACUGUCUCGCUUCCAACAUGGUUGAAAUCUACAAGUCACAACUUCCUACUAGAACUCUGAGAACAGCUUCUUCAAAUUAGUCUUUGUUGGAAAUAUGAUCAUAAUUACUUACUUAUGUAAGCCUGAUACUCUUCGUGGAGGAGCGUAAGCCCAAUACCAGAAUUCUGCAUGCAGCUCCAUCUUGUGCAAUCAUUUGCAGUUGUUUUCAACUGCUACUCAUCCUUUUGAUGUCUGCUUCCGAUUCUCGUCUCAGUAUGUUCUUUAGUAACUCAUUUUUCCGUUUCCCUUCAGGAUUCCUAGUUAGUGCUUGCCUCGUAAUGUAGAUUGAUGAUUUCCGUGAUGUAUAUCCUAUCUACUUUCAACGUCUUUUCCUAAUUUUCUCUUUAGCUGGAACCUGGUUUGUUCUCUUUUAUAGUAGGUUGUUGCUGAUGGUAUCCGGUCUACGGACAUUGCGUAUCUUAUGUAGAUAAGUGUUUAGAAAUACAUGUACAUUUUUCAUGAUAGCUUUGGUAGUUCUCUAAGUUUCGACCCCAUACAGCAGGACAAUAUUGAUGUUCGUAUUGAAGAUUCUGACUUUGAUAUUGAUUGACAGUUGUUUUGAGUUUCAUAUAUUCUUCAACUGUAGAAAGACAGCCUGUAACACAUCUAGAGUUACUGUCACUUCCAAGACCGGAUAAAGUAGGAGAGUUGGGCAUAAAUUCAGCAACCCCAUCCCGUAGAAAACAAUCUUGCUAAGAAAACGUUAACGCCGUGACCAGUAAAGCUAAUCCGAGACAGGUAUCUACCUCAGUAUAAUAGAUGGUUACGCAAUUUCGUGAAUUAGUUGAAGUUAAACAUUAACACAGUUGGAUGCCGGCCAGCUCAGUGAUUUAGAGGUUAAGUAUUCGCGCUUGAGACUGAAGGCUCUCGGUUUGAAUCCAUUCAGCGGGAUGGUGGAUGUGCACUGUCACUAAGGUGUUCCACAAUAGGACAAAACGGCCAUCUAGUACUUUCCAGUUUUAAAUGGUAGUCUAACAUCAAUUGAUUCAUGAUCUCAUUUGAAAACAAUAAUCUCUACAACCUGUAUACUGAGAAUUAACCAGAAUAUAAAAUGAUUACCAUGUGUAUAAGUAUAUUUACAUAUAAUUAUCAGAAGGGGUUUUGUGGAGAUAGUAGUAAUUUCAAUCAUUAAGAUCAUGAGUCAAUUGAAGCUAGAUCAUCAUGGUAAACCUGGAAGCACUGGACGGCCGUUCCGUCCUAUUGUCGGACUCCUCGGCAGUGCGCAUCCACGACCUCGCCCCCUGUGAGAUUAGAACCCAGGACCUACUGGUUUCGCGCGCGCGCACUUAACCACUAGACCACUGAGCUGGCCGGCAUUCAACGGUGUUCAUGUCUAACUUCAACUAAUCCACAAAAUUGAGCGACACAUCCACCAUUGUCUUCAGUGAGUUUCUAUCCUACAACAGACCUGGUUGAACUCCGCUGGUCACUACUUCUCACGAGAACUCCAGGAUAUACCUCUUGAAGAAAAUUUCAUCACAUGAUGCUGUGACUAAUAAAUAAUCUACACAUUUAACCAAUAUCCAUAACAAUUUCAUCAACUAAACAACGAAUCAAUCAAAUUUAGGAUAACAAAUCUUAGAUUUCAGUAUGAAAUUCACUCACUUAUUCAUUCAUAUAGCAACAUGACAUUAGAACUGAUAUUAGUUCAUAAUGGUGUAACCCUACAAAUCUAAUUUCUAACUCUUAACUAUCUCAACUAUAAAUUAUUGUGUUGAUUCUUUCAAUUAUGAUAUAAAUUUAAUUUAACUCUAUUUUAAGGAAGUAGAUAUUCUUAAAAUGAUUUUAAUAUAUCUCAGAGAGUUUCGUCUAUAAAUGAUAGUCUCAUCAUUUUAUUCAAGUUUAAAUGAAAAAAAGGGAUAUUAAUCAUUGUGUUGUUCAAUGCUAGAAUUUUAUUAUGAUUGGUUAAUAUUAUUUUCGAUUUAUUGAUUUUCAAUAUUAUUUCAUGAAAUAUGAUUGGUCAUUGAUUCUAAUGUUUAAUUAUCAUUGAAAACAUCAUCAUUAUUAACAUCAUUAGCAUUCCCCAAUUUUUUUUACAUUCAUCUAUACAUAAAUACUAUAAUUACCAUUAAUGAUCAAAUAUACAAACAUAGAAUAAUGAUCAUGAUCAAUAGGAUAAAUUAUAGUUAAAAACAAAACAGAAAUUGAUAAUGGGUAAUUCAAAUAAUCGAUUGAUUACAUUUAAUGAAUAUAAUACUAUUGAUAUAACAUCAAAAUAUCAUCCUAAUACAUUGAUGAAUAGUAAAGUCAAUAAUAGGAAGAAAUCUAUAAAUCAAUAUAAUAAUGAUAUCGUAAAAUAUAAAAAAAUUAAUGAUCUUGAUAUUGAUCGAAUAGAAUUAGAUCAAACUACUAUUAAUGAUCAAUAUGAAUUAUUAAAUAAGAAAGGAGAAUUACCAUGGCAACAAUAUUAUCCUAAUCUCUAUGAUAAUAUUUGUAAUUAUCAAUUACAUAAUAAUAGUAUUAAUCCAUUACAUGUAAUGAAGAAUAAAAAAUAUAAAAAAAAUGUAUAUUUAUUAAAAAUAAAAAAAUUUUAUUUCUAUUGUACACGCCAUUUAUUUAAAUCAAAUUAUAUGAUAUUAGAUACAAAUGAUCCAAUAGAAACAUCAAUAUCAACAGCACCAAUCAAUAUUAGAUCAGCUUUACCAAACUUGAAUUCUGGUUCCAGAGGUUAUUAUAAUCAAACAAAUUCAUCACAAUCAAUACAGUCGAGUAAUUAUCCUGAUAGAAAUGUAAAUACAAUGAAGAGUGGACGUUCAACAAAUGAAUUACCACAAAUAGUUGAUUCAAUGAAUGAAGUACAACAGCUUAGAUCACAAUUGAAUAUGUUGUCUAAACUUAUUGAAUCAGAUGGUUCUAAUCCUGUACGUACUGCUUCAGCAUUACGUCAAACAGCGGCAAAAAGUACGCAAACUGAAUUUGGUUAUCUAUUGGAUAGACAAGCGAAAAAAUCAAACGCUGAAAUCUCAGAAUUACGUGGUAUCAUCAAGAUUAAAGAAGAAGCUAUUCAUCUGUUAGAAGAGGAAAAUUCACGUUUAAGUGAUUCAUUGAAAACAUUUUUAUACAAUAUGAAUAAACCAGGAAAUUUAGAUAAAACUACCAUGUCAACUACUAAUCAUUAUCCCAUUAAAUCUUAUGAUGAAUAUCAAGAUUUAUUCGAUAAUAAUAAUAAACAAAGACAUUCAAAUAAUCCUGUCAAUAUGUCACAUCAUCAUCAUCAUCAUCAUCAUCAACGACCCCAACAACAGCAACAGCAACAACAACAACAACAACAAAAACAACAACAAGCUCACUAUCAACAUGAUUAUACGCCUCAACAUCAUCAUCAUCAUCAUCAUCAAUCACCACAACCUCGUCAACGUGACCAUCAGCAUAGUGACUAUAAUCCAUCAAAACAUACAUUAAAUCAAACAUAUACUCAUUUAAAUUGUUCAAAUACUUCUACCCCAAUUAAUACACCAAUGAUUAUAUCACCAUCCCAUUUAUCUAUGAUAAAACCAGAUAUCUAUGAUCGAACACACUCACCACAAUCAAUUAGUCCAUAUAAAUUAGAUAAUUCUAAAAGACAAUUAAUAUCACCAUCAUCAAUACCCUCAUCAUCAUUAUCAUCAUCAUCACCACCAUUGAAUCAACAAAUAAAUCUAGAAAAAAUAAAAAAUAUAAAACGUCAAUUAUCACCAACUGGUAAACGUUUCCCAUAUUAUCAACCAUAUAUUCAUUCAUUAAUGCAUUCAAAUGAAUUAAAUAAAGUUGAUAAACAUAAAUGUUCAAAUGAAUCAAAAACUUUAUCACGUGGUCUAACAACAACACAAGCUCAACUAAUAAAAAGUCCAACUCAACGAUUAUUGAUGCAAAGUCUUCCAUCAACGGAUUAUUGAUUGAAAAACAAUGAACAAUACUAACUGUUACGUUACAGCCUUAAAAGGUUAGUAGAAUAUAAUAAUAAUAAUAAUAAUAAUAAUUGAAUUGAAUUGACUUAAUAAUGAUAAAUAAUAUUGUUGCGUAAUAUCACCACAGUAACAAACGAUUGAAUUUGUUGCUGCUCUGUUUUGCUCAUAAUUUAUUGUUAUGAUUGAUGAUAACCCCCAUAUGUGUAUGUAGUAGAUCAUUAUUAAUUAUGUUAUCAUGAACGAUCAUGAACUGUUUGUCAUUUGAUUCUAUUAUUUUGUAUCAUUCAAAUGGAUAACCAUUUUCUUUCUAUUUUAUCUACAUACAUUCACACAAUACUACUCAUCAAUCAAUUAUCAUUUAUACUACUUAUAUUGAUGGUUGUUAGUAGUCAUUAAAAUCUUAUUAAAAAAAGUAUAUACUUCUAUUAAAUUAUUAUUACUGAUAAUCAUGAAUAAGGUAUUCUCUCUUUAUACAUUUAAACUACUAUCAUGAUUGUUCUAAGAAUAAUGAAUGAAUGAAUGAAAGAAUUCAUUAAUUAAUCUGUGAUCAAUAUUCAUCAAACAACUUAUUGAUUUAUUGAUUUUCUUUCUUUCUUUUGUUUUUUCUCUUUUUUCUUUUUCGUUUUUUUUUGAAAAAGAAAAGAAAAUCAGUAGGAAACUAGUUUUUUUUCUAAAUUAUUUUUCUAUUUAUUCCAAGUUAACCAUUUUUAUGACUAACCGUUCAAUGACUUUUGUUACAAUGCUCCUGUUAUAGAAUAAUAAUAAUAAUAAUAAUAAUA